CAACGGCGCAAAGCGAGGCUGAAAAGAGGCAGCGUUGAUGGAAAAUGGGAUCACAACGCCCCUUCCGUCCAGCAUGAUAGACCCCGAAGGCAGCUCGGAGCCGGAGAGCCACCCUCCUCUCGUCUCCAAAGUUUUCCUGGUCCCUUUCGCCAUGCUGCUGGCCGUGGGCGCCUUGCUUUUCCUGGCCUUUUCCGCCUCUCAGACCAAAGAGGACAAUUUUUACGCCUUUAAGGUGGUCAACAUCAGGGGCAAGCUGGUCUCCCUGGAGAAAUACAGAGGCGCGGUCUCUUUAGUUGUCAAUGUUGCAAGUGAGUGUGGAUAUACUGACAACCACUACAAAGACCUUCAAAAACUGCAGAGAGAGCUUGGCCCAUACCAUUUUAAUGUGCUGGCAUUCCCUUGCAAUCAGUUUGGACAGCAAGAACCAAAUACUAAUAAAGAAAUAGAGAGUUUUGCUCGGAAAACAUAUGGAGUCUCCUUCCCCAUGUUCAGCAAAAUUGCAGUCACAGGCAAUGGGGCAAAUCCAGCUUUCAGAUAUUUAGUUGAAUCCAUUAAUGAAGAGCCAACCUGGAAUUUCUGGAAAUACCUUGUAGAUCCAAAUGGAAAAGCUGUAAAGGCCUGGGACUCUACUGUCACUAUUGCAGAAAUAAAACCUCACGUCACUGAACUUGUGAGAAACAUCAUCCUGAAGAAAAGAGAUGAACUUUGAUUUUUAAAAACAUUUGGGGGUUUUUGUAUGUCCAAUUACAAUUUGGUCUGUUAUUCUUAUCUCUUAAAAUUCCUAAAAGAAAAUGUGUUCAAGAGAAAUAAUUUUCAUCAUUCUGAGUUAGCUUUGUUUUCUCUAAACCUGUGUUUAACUUUUGAUCCUCCCAAUAUGUUUUUAAUUUCUAGGUCCUUCUAGAAACUAUAGCCAAAAUGUCUAAUGGUCAAGGAUUCUGGGAAUCAGAAUCAAAACCUAUGCACUACCAAAAGUCUACUGCCAUUGCCCUGAGUACACGUUUCCUUUGUUUUACAUUCUUUUCUUCCGAUUAAACCAAAUGGAAAUUGUUCUCUCUUAAGAUAAGAAAA